AUAUCAUGUGCUAAUUCUUUUAAGCUAGUUGCAUCAAACUAUGACCGUAUUGAAAAUAAUAGUUCGCCUUCAUCAAGAAGAUCAAGUUAUGUUGCAUCUUUAAAUCGUAUCCGAAUUCAGCAAAGUUUCAAAGCUUCCAACAAGCAAUUUAGCAAGGAUCUUGGCCGAUCAAUCUUUAAGCGUUCCAGUCUAAUUCGCAAUGAGUUUCGUUCAUUCCUCGCCGAUCUUCCUGAAGAUAUUUUUGAAAAACUUUCUCUGGCAAUUUUUGUGGUGUUAUCAGAAAGUGUAGAGAACAUUAAUGAUAUGGAUAAGGUUAUAAAUGCAGUUGCAAAAUCAUUUGGUGAACAAUUUGUCGAGCUUUAUCAUCUUGGAUUUCGUCCAGAUUAUUUCGCUGUAAUUGCUGAUGCUGCAAUAGCCGAAUGCGUGAAACUUGAUGGCGGAAUGCAUAAGCGUUGUGAAACAACGUUAGCUUGGAGUCAACUAAUUGCUAUCAUUUUUACUGGAGUUCGUGAUGGCUAUUAUGCUCGCCUGCGGAAGUUUCGCAGAGGCAGUUAUGGUAAAAGAUAA